CACCAACCCCUCGUGGGAAAUGCCUUUUCUGUUUCUAACGUUCUUUCCCUCUCCGCGUUUGGUUUCGCCCAUGCCGGGGCCCUCGAAGGCUUGUCACGGCAUUGCUCCACUUCCUCCCUGAAGGUCCAUAAUUGCACUGCCGACAGCGACGCACACAUCGCCAAGCGCGUGGCACUGCAUGGCCGCGAAAUGGGCGUGACGGCGGGCGAGUGGGCUAUGCGACACCUCAGAGGAUGCACCAACCAGGGUCAGAGAACGACAAGCACCCACCCCUCUGCGAGAUGACACAACGUCCACUGUUCAAGUGUCUGAUGCAGAUGUGAGGAAUUUAUACAUGGAGAAAGACAGGGGUGAGAAGAAGUGGGAAACCGGCAGCCUUACCGAAGCGGCCAGCUGGCCAUCGGCAUGUCACGCAGUGAACCCAACUUCAGACAGUACCAAGUCACGUGUACGCGCGCGCAGCAGCAUGGACACACACCGCAUUCGUCAUGUGUUACACUGCGGUCUGGUUUGGUUUGCCGUGUUUCUUCGGUAUGCAGAUCACCACAUCAUCCCCAAGUCGUUGCUCAAGAGGUUCUGGAACAAGGUGGCUUGCUACCACCACGGAUACCUCAUCGGGCUGGUGGAGAUCCUGGGCGACAUGGCUCCAUACUACGCAUUCUGGCCCGUGCUUUGCUUACACGCAUGACACAAGCCCGCCCACCGCACCGCAGCCGCAGCAAUCAAUCGUCUCUGUCUCUGUCGGGGGUGGGGAUGUGAUGUGUGGGUGCACUGUGCAGGCUCAAGAAGGCCCGUGUGUCGGAUACACAGACGUGGCUGCACUUCAUCAUCAACCCGGAGUCGCUGGAAGGCGUCAGAUCAUCCGGGGAGGCACAAGAGUCCUGGGACGCCCUCAAGGCGGCGUAUUUGUGGAUGCCCGGUGAGUGAGUCAUGCAGCAAACACCACACCUUCGCUCUCUGCAUUUGAUCGAUGCAUAAAGGUAACGUCGUCAAGGGGCCGCAGCCGCAGCAGCGUGUCAACGACCCGGGCAACCGGCUCGAUAUCGACGUCUGCUGGUACCACAGCUGCCUCAAAGGCUCAUCUAUCUGCAACUUCAUCGCCUACACCUAUCAGGUAGGUGUGCAUGGGAGGGAGGGAAGGCAGAAAAAGAGAGGGAGAGAGAAAUGUCUGCAUAUAUGUCCGUCCAUGUGUGCAGGCCAUCGACCAGUACAUGGAGACAAGCGAUGAAGUGGUCCUCGCGGCGCCCUGGAGGGACUGAAAACGCUCUCCCACCACCUUGG